CGUGCACGAGUAAACAAACGUUCAAAACAAGUACGAUCACGUUCAAGCGAUCCUUCACUUCCGCCGUCCUAAACAAAUAAUUAUUCAUAUUCCGAGAUAAAACCGUUAUCGCCGUCGACCCUCGGACCAUCAACGAUCCUUCGCUUACCUGUUCUUGUUGUUUUUCGUUCCUUCCACAUCCUUCCUUCCCGACCCAAAAUAUUUUGUAAAAUCUUAGAAAAUAAACCACUCUACGUCUAACCGCCAACUGAAACGGUCAUAGUUCUCUGCUCCGCAAAAUCACGUCCGAACGUCGUAACCCGAAAGAAAAUCUUUCGAAAAAGUUAACUGGUGCCCGAAUAGGGACCUCCAAGUCUAAAAGUGAGGUGAUAUAAAGUUAUAAGAAACCCGCACGACGACAACGAGGAAGACGUCAUCGUGACCAGCAAUUCGUGGACAAGUCUCCCGAACAGACGCCCAAGGGUCCUCAGUAGGCAGUGCCAAACCGGAUCAACCCAGAGCAUCGAGCAUCGGUCAUCGGACGCAGCAUGAGAUUCAACAUUGGCGCAGCAUUGUUGGUCGUAUCUGUUGUGACAGUUCGAUAAAAACAACUUCCAGAGAGGUAAGAUUGGCUAUUUUACAGUAUUUAGUUCCUUUUUAUUGAAUAUUAAACUAUUUCAGAUUAAAUCAUCAUGUCUAAGCGUUCAAAGCAAACAGGGAAUUUCUACAAAAAGCGAAAUCGAUUGCUGGAGGAAGCCGGAAGAAGUGUUGAUGAAUUAAACAUCACGCUAGAAACUGUUUCGACUUCUGAUGGCCGGAUUUGGGAGUGGAAGUCUCACAACAGGAUCUUGAGUCGCUUUUUACAAGAUAUAGUUCUGUACAUCAAAGUCCAGCAACACCUUCAGAUACUACUGACCAGAACAAUGAAGGAAUCGAGGAGAUGGAUGAUCCGGCUGAAGAAAUUGUUGAUGCCAAGGACCCGUACUCAUUUAUGCAAAAUUUGAGUUUGAAAGAUGCGCUUGUGCAUCUAGUGAUACAGGGUCGUGCUUCCCGUUUCCUAAUUGAAGGUUUUCUUGCCAUCUUAAGGAAAUAUUUCAAAGCCAAAGUUCCUAAAACAAAACGAACGCUUCUUAAAACACCAACGCUGAUUGGAUCUGCUAUUAAACCGAUACAAGGUGGCCAAUUAUGGUAUCAUGGCAUCGAAAAUGUUCUUGAAAAAUACUUUGAAAACGUUGUUCCAGAAGUAGACGCAUUUACGGUGGAUGUCUCUAUUGAUGGACUUCCACUCUUUAAAAGUUCCCGGAAGCAGCUUUGGCCAAUUCAAAUAAGAAUUGUUGAACUUUUAAAGCACCCAGCAAUGAUUGUUGGAACGUUUGGAGGAUCGAAAAAACCGGGUAGCUUGGAGGAAUUUUUAAGACCUCUAGUUGAGGAAAUAAAUGAUCUUCAGCGAAGAGGUUUGAAGUUUGGAGAUAAGCAGAUCUCCUUUUCACUUCGUGCCUUUAUUGCCGAUUCGCCAAUGCGGGCCGCUUUGAAAGCUGCCAUGAGCUUCAACGCCAAACAUGGAUGCUUAAAAUGCACAUGUGUAGGCACUUCAAUUGAGGUUGGACCCGACAGCAGGAAAAUGAUAUUCGAUUCCAUAAACGCAGAACCACGAACGGAUGCUGGGUUUAGGCAGAGACUAGAUCCAUUGCACCAUAAAGAAUGGCGUACACCACUAGAGGACAUCGAUGGCUUUGAUAUGGUCGAAGGUUUUCCUGUAUCAGAUAGGCUCCACUUAGCAGAUGAGGGUGCAACCCAAAAAGUUUUAGUUGGGCUUACGACCAAUUUGUUCGAGCGUUUUGUUUACGUUUAUCCUAGACAGAAGGAAGCAGUAUCUACAUACAUGACAAAAAUACGGCUUCCUUUUGAGAUAAACCGAAGAAUACGUUCCCUAAACAAAUUGCCGUUGUGGAAAGCUGCCGAGUAUCGGACAUUUUUACACUACACAAGCGUUGUUUCAUUGAAAUAUUUCUGUUCGCAAGAUGGAGCUUUCAAUAAUUUUUUAUUCUAUUUUUGUGGACUGACAAUUUUUUCAUCAGUAGAACAUCAGCGACAUUGGCCAGUAGCAAAAAUAAUGCUGGACGAAUUCGUCAGACACUUUGCGAAAUAUUACGGUCGCUCAAACUUGAUCAGCAAUGUGCAUAAUAUCCAGCAUAUUGCAGAAGAAGUUUUUAAGUUAGGACCACUGGAUUCGUUUUCUGCCUACGAAUUCGAAAAUAAUUUGAGGUUCGUGAAACAAUGCGUAAAAUCGGGGACCAAGACCGUUGAACAGGUUGCUGGCCGAUUGAUUGAGCGCCGUCACAUAAUCAAAGCCUAUAACGGUCGUGUGCAAUCAUAUCCACAACUAAAAGCAAACGGUAGAUUUUUUAUUAGCGAAGAUUUUUCCCUCCACACACAGUUUCAGAACAGGUGGUUUUUGACUAAAGAGAGGAAUAUUGUUAAGUUGAUAGAGGUAAAAAAAUCUAAUGAUAGUUCGUUUGUCAUAAUAGGUGAUCUUUUAGAGUCUUGUGAGGAACUAUUUCAUGCAGUGUCCGACAACGACAAUGUGUUAGCAGACAUACAGCUUUCGUCAAUCGAUAUUUACAUAUUUAAAGUUAAAUGUAACGUUCCCACAAGUAGGGUUGAAGUGCCAUAUAGGUCGGUUAAAUGUAAGCUUGUUCCUGUAUUCAUAACAUCUCGAUCUUUAUUGCAACUUCCUGUUAGAGUAUCUCCACAACCUGAUUCGAUAGCGUUAUUCCCUUUGCUACACACUUUCCAGAACUGAUACUGUUAAUUGAAUAUAUUAUCUGUUUGUUCACGUCAUCGUUUUGUUUUCAUCAUGAUAUUAGCGUUUCUUUUGUGAUAUAACUAUGUGCUAAAACUAAAUACCAAAUAGCAUAAGGUAAGCGCUAAGGAAAUUUUGUAAGCCUACGUCUCACUGAAUAUAUAAAUAAAAAGAAAACUGAA